AUGGCCGCCGCCAUCUUGGGACGCCUCACGGUGACGGCCAAGCCCCCUUCCGAGCCAGCCGGGCGCAUGCGCGGCCCCCCUCACUGUCUCCACCCCGUCCCCGGCAGGCCCAGAGCUCUGCGCUUGCGCUAUCUGCCUCGUGCGCGCUUCCCCCUUCCCAAGCGCAGGCUGGAGGUUAACCCAGGAGGCCUACGGCUGAGUAUGAAAGAGCGGUUUGAAUGUUGCAAGCAGGUCACCUUUCUGCAGCAGGGCAAGAGGGCCCUAGCUGCGUAUGGAGUGGUGAUGGGGCCGCUGUCCAUUCCCAGUACCCAAGUGCUGGAGGAGCAAGCCCAGGAAAGCGAUGACCUGACAGACAGCGAAGAGAGCGUCUACUCUGGGCUGGAGGAUUCUGGAAGUGACAGCAGCACGGAGGAGGAGGCAGAGGACCAGGACAGCGGUGAUGAGGGGACGCUGAAAGGCAGUUUGCUCUCAAAGAAGGCACAAGCCAGGAUGGCUUCCCAGAAGAAGGAACAAGUGCAGUGCCGGAGUUUGGAGACCGAGUCAAUGCCCAGUGCCCAGCAGGGACUGCCGCUGAGGGGUGAAUACGAGGACGACAGCUCAGACGAGGAGGACGUGCGUAACACAGUGGGCAACAUCCCCAUGGAGUGGUACCAGGACUACCCGCACGUCGGCUACGACCUGGACGGCAAGAGGAUCUACAAGCCGAUCCGAACCAAGGACGAGCUGGACAAGUUCCUGGACAAGAUGGAGAACCCCGAUUACUGGCGGACGGUGCAGGACAAGCAGACGGGGGUGGACGUGAGGCUGACGGACGAGCAGGUGGAGCUGGUGCAGCGGUUGCAGAAAGGGCAAUUCGGAGACGUGCACCUUAACCCCUAUGAGCCAGCCGUUGACUUCUUCAGCAGCCAGGUGAUGAUCCACCCGGUGACGAACCGCCCGGCUGACAAGCGCAGCUUCAUCCCCUCCCUCCUGGAGAAGGAGAAGGUCUCCAAGCUGGUCCAUGCCAUCAAGAUGGGCUGGAUCAAACCUCGCAAGCCCAAGGAGGACACGCCCACCUACUAUGACCUCUGGGCCCAGGAGGACCCCAACUCCAUCCUGGGGCGCCACAAGAUGCACGUGCCGGCCCCAAAGCUGCGGCUGCCGGGCCACGAGGAGUCGUACAACCCCCCGCCCGAGUACCUGCUGAGCGAGGAGGAGAAGCUGGCCUGGGAGCAGCAGGAGGCCGCGGAGCGGAAGCUGAACUUCCUGCCCCAGCAGUACCGGUGCCUGCGCGCGGUGCCAGCCUAUGCCCGCUUCAUCCAUGAGCGCUUCGAGCGCUGCCUCGACCUCUACCUGUGCCCGCGCCAGAGGAAGAUGAGGGUGAACGUGGACCCGGAAGACCUGAUCCCCAAGCUGCCGAAGCCGCGGGACCUGCAGCCGUUCCCCACCACGCAGGCCCUGGUCUACCGCGGGCACACCGGCCUCGUGCGCUGCCUCAGCAUCUCCCCCAGCGGGCAGUGGCUGGUGUCAGGCUCCGAUGACGGCACGGUGCGGUUCUGGGAGGUGAGCAGCGCCCGCUGCAUGAAAACCCUCCCGGUGGAGGGCGUGGUGAAGAGUGUCGCCUGGAACCCCAACCCCGCCGUCUGCCUGGUGGCCGUGGCUGUGGAGCAGUCCGUCCUGCUGGUGAACCCCUGCCUCGGGGACAAGCUGCUGUACGGGGCCACAGACCAGGUGAUUGAGGCCUACGAGCCGCCGGAGGAGGAGCGGCUGCAGCCCGUCACCUGGGCUGUGGCAGCCAGCGCCGAGCACACCAGAGGCGUCCGUCUCAUCAUCCGGCACGGGAAGCCCGUGAAGCAGGUGACUUGGCACCCCAGAGGCGAUUACCUGGCCAGCGUCCUGGCUGACGACGGCCACACGCAGGUGCUGAUCCACCAGGCCAGCAAGCGCUGGAGCCAGAGCCCCUUCCGCCGGAGCAAGGGGCAGGUGCAGUGCGUCCUCUUCCACCCGCUGCGGCCCUUCUUCUUCGUGGCCACCCAGCGCUACGUCCGCCUCUACAACCUGCUCAAGCAGGAGCUCGCCAAGAAGCUGCUGACCAACUGCAAGUGGGUGUCCAGCAUGGCCGUCCACCCCGCAGGAGACAACCUGAUCUGCGGGAGCUACGACACCAAACUGGCCUGGUUCGACCUGGACCUGUCCACCAAGCCCUACCGCGUGCUAAGGCACCACAAGAAGGCGCUGAGGAGCGUGGCCUUCCACAAGCACUACCCGCUCUUCGCCUCGGGCUCGGACGACGGGAGCGUCAUCGUCUGCCACGGCAUGGUCUACAAUGACCUGCUGCAGAACCCGCUGAUCGUGCCCGUGAAGGUGCUGAAGGGCCACGCGCCGGCCCGGGACCUGGGCGUGCUGGACGUCCUCUUCCAUCCCACCCAGCCCUGGCUCUUCUCCUCGGGCGCCGACGCCACCAUCCGCCUCUUCGCGUAACCCCGGCGCGGCCACCAGCCCUGCAUGGCACCGGAGCUGCGCCAGGCCAGUCUGGGGACUGUGAGCAGCACCACGGGCCCCAGAGCUUCUGGCUUCUCUUCACCCGUCCCCUCCCCUCCCAGCAGGGGCAGGGCCGGAGCAGGCUGCCUGCCUUGGGAGCCGUGCGUUGGGCUCCACACCGGGAUACACGGGGUCUCAUUAAACUCCU